CAAAAAUACAUUUUUAUCCAAAAAGAAAACUUAAAUUUUAACUGCUACAAAAUGAUGACAGAUUCAUAUAUAAUAAAACUUUUGGUGCGCCAAUUUAAAACCAAUGACAUGCAGCAUUUACUCAUGGUUUUCAUAACCAUUCUGACGGCCAUUAGUUUCCUGCAAUGGCUGGUGAAUUUAUAUCGUGAAUUGCGCAAACUGCCACCAGGCCCUUGGGGCUUUCCCGUCAUCGGUUAUUUACUGUUUAUGGGCAAUGAGAAACACACUCGUUUCAUGGAACUGGCCAAGACAUAUGGCUCUCUGUUUUCCACCCGUUUGGGCAGCCAAUUGACGGUGGUAAUGAGUGAUUAUAAAAUGAUACGUGAAUGUUUCCGCCGGGAAGAGUUUACCGGUCGUCCAGAUACACCAUUUAUGCAGACCUUAAAUGGAUUUGGCAUUAUCAACAGUACUGGCAAAUUGUGGAAAGACCAAAGACGUUUUUUGCACGAAAAACUACGUCAAUUUGGCAUGACUUAUAUGGGCAAUGGCAAGCAUGUCAUGGAAAAAAGAAUAAUGACUGAAGUCCAUGAAUACAUACACAACUUGAACGUUUCCGAGGGUCAACCUAUGGAUAUGGCACCCGCCAUUUCUGUGGCCGUUAGCAAUGUCAUUUGCAGCAUUAUGAUGUCGGUGCGCUUCUCCAUAGAUGAUCCCAAAUUCAGACGUUUCAAUUUUCUCAUUGAAGAAGGCAUGCGACUUUUUGGCGAAAUCCACACUGUGGACUAUAUACCCACUGUGCAAUACUUUCCCAGCAUAUUGACGGCCAAAAAUAAGAUUGCGAAAAAUCGCGAAGAAAUGCAGAAAUUCUAUCAGGAUGUCAUAGAUGAUCACAAGAAGUCAUAUGAUGGCUCGAAUAUUAGAGAUUUGGUUGACUUUUAUUUGGCUGAAAUUGAAAAGGCCAAACAGGAGGGCACCGACGCGGAGUUGUUCGAUGGCAAAAAUCAUGAGGAGCAAAUUGUGCAAGUGAUAAUUGAUUUAUUCUCGGCUGGCAUGGAAACUAUUAAGACUACUUUGUUGUGGAUUAAUGUGUUCAUGUUGCGCAAUCCCGAUGCCAUGAAGCGGGUACAGGAUGAACUAGAUCAAGUUGUAGGCCGUCACAGAUUACCUUCCAUUGAGGACUUGCAAUAUUUACCUGUCACCGAAUCCACUAUUUUGGAAUCUAUGCGCCGUUCCAGUAUUGUUCCCUUGGCCACCACUCACUCACCCACAAGAGAUGUUGAAGUGAAUGGUUAUAAAAUUCCCGCCGGCUCCCAUGUUAUACCCCUCAUCAACAGCGUGCACAUGGAUCCCAAUCUCUGGGAAAAACCAGAAGAAUUCAAUCCCCGACGUUUCUUGGACUCUGAGGGCAAAGUACGUAAACCCGAAUACUUUAUACCCUUUGGUGUGGGAAGGCGCAUGUGUUUGGGUGAUGUUUUGGCCCGAAUGGAAUUAUUCUUAUUCUUUGCCUCGUUCAUGCACUCCUUCAACAUAACACUGCCCGUGGGACAGCCUCUGCCCAGUUUGAAGGGUAAUGUGGGUGCCACCAUAACACCAGAAACUUUUAAAGUGUGUUUAACACCCAGACCCUUACAGCUGAAUACGACAACGAUAGAGCCUCAUCAUAUGCGCAAUGUAGGAUCAAAUUAGAUGAACAUGUAGCAAAACAUUCAACUAAAAGGUAAAGCGAAGAGAUCCUUACAUCAGACGUAAGCAAAUUAGAAAGAACAUUAAGGCCAUUUCCAAACACUAUACAAUGGGAACCGGGAAAUUAGAAAAAAAUGAUAUAAAAACAACAAGAAAGCUGCUGUAAGCUUUCCGUGAAAACUCAAAGCUUGAAAGCUGUUUAUUCCCCCCCCCCCUACACUAGGCCUUAAUGAAUAAGUUUAAAAAGAAGCUGUUGCAUAUGAGAGAGAGAGCAUUUCAACAAUAGAAUAUGCAGAGCACGGUUUUGUUCCUGAAAGACGUUUUUUGUUCCAACAUCAACCAAUAACUCUUUGUAGUCGCUAAGAAACUGUAAAAGGAGUACAAUUUUGAAAGCAAUUCAGAAAACUUCACAUCCAAACAACAUUUAAAUGAAGAAAAUAAAAAAAUAAAACAAAGAAGCAAGAAUAGAGUACAUAUAUCAAACACAAACCAGAAAAACAGAGUCUAACUUCAAGAGUUUUUCCAUGAAAUGGCAAUAUUAAAUAUUAUUCCCAUAAUAUAUCCAACGAUGUAAAAAACAUAAUUUAUAAAAGAGAUUUUAUAGCCAAGAAAUGAAAGAAAAGAAAAUAGUUUAAUUAAUAUUUUUUUUUUUUUGUAAAUCCUCAACUUAGUUCAAAAUAUCUAUUAACAAAUUUUAUACAACAAAAAAAAAAUAAUAAUAUAUAAAAAAAACAAAUUCUAUUCUUUGACCCCCUAGAAGCUGUGUUCAAUAACAAACAUGUGUUUAAUUUUUAUUUAAACACAUGUAAAAAACAAACAAACAAACAAAAAAUAUAUUUAUAAAACAUAAUUAUAAUAAUUUAAAAAAUCUGUGGUUUAGUUUUUAUAACAAUAUAAAAAAUGAGAAUUAAAGAAAUUAGAAAAAAAGUAAAACUUAAAUUGGGAGCGAGAAGCCAUAAGUUAAUUUAUGAAAGCUGUGCUUUGAAGCAGCUUUUUGAGCUCACUCUCAUUUUAAUGUUGUAAUUUUUGCCCUGUAAAUAUUUUUCAUACAUCAUCAUUAAUUUAAUUAAUAAAUUAAUUAAUUAAUAUUUUGUGUUAUACCUACAUUUUUAGUAUUUAAACUCUCAUUUUUUGUUCAUAACUAUUUUCAUUUUAGAUGAAAAGAAAAACAAUCUUUAAGAUUCAUAGUGCCAACAUUUAAGCAUAAUUGUAAUUAUUCCCUUAACAUUUUUCAUUUACCAAUAAGUCUAAGUUAACAUGCACAAAAAAAUUCAAAAACCAUCAAUAAAAAAAAAACACCCACAUUUAAACACACAACAAAAACAAUUUAAACACAUUUUGUAAAUAUGUUAAUUUUUUUAACAAAUUAUUUUUAUAAGUCUUUCAUGUAAACAUUUAGUAUUUAAUUUAUGUUGUUUUGUUUGUUAAAUAGUAAUUAGUUGUUUAAUUUAAGUUCACCCCUACCCCCUCUACACCAUAAAAUAACAGAAACAAAAAUGUAAGAAUUAAUAAAAAAAAACAUACAAUAUUUUAUUAAGAAAACAAAUUCAAAAAAUCUAUAUUUAAAAAUAUACAAUAUUUUUUCAAAAAAAAAAAAAAAUUACACAU